AAAGAAAGCGGAGCUCAAGACACACGAGUCCGUGGCAGUACCAGUAGCUGAAGACAACAAAGUGACGGAAAUCACUCUAAUAGUUGAUGGAGAGCAGCACUUGCCAAAUCCUUUCCCACCAGAGCGUCCAAUGGAAACUGUAGUACUGCGAUCUAUGAAUGAAACAGAGGACCAAGGAAACGAAACGGAAAUAGAAACCAGAAAUAAGAUGUCACUGAUGAAUGAAGGACCAGUGGACUGGCGAUCAGAGGAUCGACCUGAAAUCGUUUCUCGUGAAGUUGAAGUCGUCAAGGAG